AUGGAUGCACGUAUCGAUCACACACCCCUAUCGGCCCGGGAACAGGGCGGAAAGGCUUGUACAAACUGCGCCCGAGUCAAAUGCAAAUGCAUCGUGCGCGCAGAUGGCCACGGCUGCGAGAGAUGCCACCGCUUGAACAAGCCUUGUGUGCCCUCGUCGCCAGCAAGAAAGCGCGGCCCCAAGCGCAACACCGCAUCGCGCUCGGCCCGGCUGGAGAAGAAGCUCGAUGAUCUCGUUUCCUUCUUGCAGAGCGGCAAGGCCCUAUCUGGCUCCAGUGCAGCUGCAAAAGGCACCCUAGAGUCUGAAGACGAUGAGGUCCAGGAUGACGCAGACACGUCUCCGACCCUGACGGAGAACACUCGUGUUGGUCCUCUAUCUGCCAAUCUCAACAACGUUUACGCCGAUGAGCCCAAUCCCGAGGAAGCAGAGAGCUGCCUACACACCUUUCGCGAGGAGAUGAUGCCCAUACUUCCAUACAUUUACAUCGAGCCCGACCAGUCAGCUGCGGAACUCCGCCAGAGGUAUCCUUUCCUCUGGUUGAACAUCAUGAGCGUGGCCUCCCAGUCUCCAAGGAUACGAAACUCUCUGGCAAGCCAGGCGAGAGGGAUUAUUUUUGAGAAGAUCGUCAGCGACGGCGUGCGCUCUGUUGACAUGCUCCUUGGGGUCCUUACAUAUCUCUGUUGGGUUCAUCUGUUUCCCAUGGAUAAAUACUUUGCCUCGAUGACCUCUCAGAUCGCAAUAUCCUUAAUCUUUGAUCUAGGCCUGCAGGCGCCGCCUCCCGAGCAUCCCCAUAAGGUCGGACAGCACAUAAAGGCAAAGGGGUUUGGACCCUGUCAGGUCAUUCGUAAAGAGCGAACUGAUGAAGAUCGACGAGCCGUCCUGGGUGCCUUCGUGAUCACCUCAAUGACUUCCCACUCAUUCAGGUCAGCCGAUGGCCUUCGGUGGUCGCCUUACCUCGAUGAGUGUCUGAACUACCUUGCUCGUACCAGCACUGUGCCUCAAGACCAGGACCUCAUUGCGCAAGUCAGAACACAGUUAAUGAUCAAUCAAGUCCGCUAUUCUCACUCGAGCACCAGCGGUGUAGAGGUGCCGAAAGCCUACGUCGAUGCACUCCAGACGCAGCUGGAUAAGAUGCUAUCGACUGGCAAUGGAGCAGGCAACGUAUCUCAGGAGAAUCCUGCCAUGCUUCGACUGUACCAUUUCGCCGUUCUUAUGAUCCACGAGCCCAUCCUCCUUAAGCCGGCGUCGUCAAGCAACGACCCAGAUCUGGGACGGUUCCACGUCUACCAGCGAUGCACCGACUCCAUCAAAUCUUGGCUCGAGAUGUUCUUUUCGGUACCACGGGACCACUUACCCUACCUUCCCUGCAGCAACUAUUGCCAGCUUUACUACGCAAUGGGGUUCCUCUACAGGAUCUCCACCCUCAAGGUGCCAGGCUGGGACCCGGCCACAAGCAAGAAGAUGGUGGAUCUGAUGCCCACCCUGGAUAAGGUCAUCGACAACUUCGAGCGGGCCAAGGAGGAGGCCGCGCUUCGCUCGCCGGAGAGUGGCACGCACGAGAUAUUCUGGUUCGGGAUACAAAAGUUCUUGGCCCUCAAGACGGUGUGGCAGUGCGAGAUGGCUCAGCAGCCGCCCGGGGGAGAGGACGGACCGGCUCUGCCGGCGGCGGAUAUGGCCAUGAGUGCGGCGGAAGGGAACUCCCCGCUUUUCUCGAUGGAUCCGACCUUGCUCCCGUUGGACUCUGCUUUGUUCCCGAUGAUGCCUAGCUUUUUUGACGAUCUAAGUUGGCAGUAA